AUGUCUGCAAAAAAGAAGAGUAGCUUAGAUGCAUAUUUGAGUGAAGUGUUUAAAAAUUUUAUUUCAUUGAAAGACAAUGAUACUAAGAAGUCACAAGAAGUUUUUAAGAGUGUCUUUGAUCAGUUUAAACAAAAAAUGGGUGAACAAUGCAAAUUUUUCAACAAAUAUGCUUCUCAAGUACUGUAUGGCGGUAGCGUCUCAGAUGGCAUCAAAGUGAGCAAACUCGAUGAAUUCGAUAUGGAUAUAGUGAUCCGUCUACCAAUAAACUAUGAUGAUGGUGAAAAUGGUAUUAUAAUAGAAAACGAUAUUCCUGGCUACGUGAAGCUCAAGAUUACCAAGGAAUUUGAUAAUUUAGAUAAGAAACAGGAAUGGGAAACAUGCCACAAAGUAACGAGAGAUUGGCGUGACUCAGACAAAUACUUUUUACAAAACAAAUUUCGGCAAUGGCUGCAUGGUAUAGUGCAAAGGACCAUAAACGAGUUGAAUGGGAAGGUCACCGUGAAUGGAGUCACUUAUCUGAUGACGUACAAGAUGUCAGGCCCUGCUUACACUUUGAAUGUCAGGAACGAUGAGGGGGAUGAGGAGUUCCAUCUAGAUGUCGAUUUGGUGCCAGUUAUUAGAUUCAUGGCGCCGAGGUGGCCUACUGGAUAUAGGCAGUUAGAUCAAGCUCAGGUGGACCAGUGGUUGGUUGUGCCGAAGCCUAAUAAAUCACUUCAAGAUGAAACUCAGAGAAAUCGCCUCUGGAGACUUUCGUUUCAGGAUUAUGAAAAAGAAAUGAUUAAGGGUUGCCAGCAAUUGAAAGUUGUUAUAAGAUUGGUUAAAAAAUUACGCGAUUCUCUCGGCAUGAAGGCGAUAGCUAGUUAUUAUAUAAAGACAUUAGUAUUGUGGAAAGUCCACAAUGUCGAAGAUAAGAGGUACUGGCAAAAGAAAAUCAGCGUCAUUUACCGCGACAUGGUCGAGGAUCUCUACAAAGCUAUAGAUAACAAAAACAUCCCAUACUUUUGGAACGAGAGCAAUAAUUUAAUUGAAGGCGUCAGACCUACACUUUUGCAAGAGUAUGCGAGAAAGUUAAAAGCUGUUCUAAAUGCCAUAGACUCUAAUGACGUGGAGAAAGUUACCUUUUCUCUGUUAAAUGCAGAAGAGAUAAAGGAAUUUAAGAAUUCACAGUUUUAUAAGAGCCAAGAAUCUUUACCGAGUUCAGGAUUGAAACUAAAAGUAGCCAGUCCGGAUAGCAAUAGCGAAGUGGACUCGCCGAAGUUGGUCCUUGAAAACAGAGGGAAUGACGAUGUUUUACUGAAACAUAUAAAAGAUUUGUACGCUAAAAUCGAUCGGUUAACACAAGAAGUGAACGAAAAUAAACAGGAAAUGAUUAAAUUGCGUGAAGAAAUUCGAGAAAACAAAAUAGAAAAAUCCGUCCCAAAGAAUGAUAGUGUGGAGUUACAAAAUCAUGAUACAAUUGAAAAUUUGAAUGAUUCGUCCGAUUUAUUAUUGAUGCUU